UCCGCCCUACUACUUCCUCUUUUCUUGUGGCAGUGAGCGAGACACCAUGAAGGCGUCCGGCACACUUCGGGAGUAUAAAGUCAUCGGGCGUCUGCUGCCCUCUGCCAAGAACCCCACCCCGCCUCUGUACAGGAUGAGGAUCUUCGCUCCGAACCACGUGGUGGCCAAGUCCCGCUUCUGGUACUUCGUCUCUCAGCUGAGGAAGAUGAAGAAGGCGUCCGGCGAGACGGUGUACUGCGGCCUGGUCCACGAGAAGACGCCUCUGAAGGUGAAGAACUUCGGCAUCUGGCUGCGUUACGACUCUCGCAGCGGCACCCACAACAUGUACCGCGAGUACCGAGACCUGACCACGUCUGGAGCCGUCACGCAGUGCUAUCGUGACAUGGGAGCUCGCCAUCGCGCUCGCGCUCACUCCAUCCAGAUCAUGAAGGUCCAGGUCAUCGCCGCCAGCAAGUGCCGCAGACCCGCCAUCAAGCAGUUCCACGACUCCAAGAUCAAGUUCCCACUGCCUCACCGGGUCCUGCGCCGCCAGCACAAACCGCGCUUCACCACCAAGAGACCAAACACCUUCUAUUAGCACGUUUAGUACGUUUUCACUCUGAGCGCGAAAAAAUAAAGGAAUCCAAACAGA